CCAAAAUCAGCUGAUCGGCUUCACAAGGGAAGCCACGUGUCACAUGACACUUCCAGUCUUGAGCAACAUGGCUGCACGACAGGAACCUGUGUAUUGGCUGGGCAAAGACACCCUGAGAGUGUCAGCAGCCCUGUUUGCUGAGAACCGGCGGCGGCUGUGCCAGGGCCUGAAGGCCGAGGAUGGGAUGCCCCCCAAGUCUGUGGUCGUGCUGCAGGGAGGGGAGCAGAAGCAGAGAUACUGCACCGAUACAGACAUGCUCUUCAGACAGGAGUCCUUCUUCCAUUGGGCUUUUGGAGUGACUGAAGCUGACUGCUACGGAGCCAUUGAUGUGGACACUGGAAAAUCCAUCCUCUUUGUGCCCAAGCUGCCUGAGAGCUAUGCAACCUGGAUGGGAGAGAUCCAUCCGCGGGAAUACUUCAAGGAGAAAUACGCCGUCGAUGAGGUGCAAUACACCUGUGAUAUUGCUGAUGUCUUCUCCAAGAUGAAGCUUAGAGCCCUUCUAACUUUGCGUGGACAGAACACAGAUAGUGGAAGUACCUGCCGCGAAGCCUCCUUUGAAGGAAUCAGUCAAUUCCAAGUGAACAACACUCUUCUGCAUCCAGUCAUUGUGGAAUGCCGGCUGACUAAGACUGACAUGGAGCUGGAGGUCCUGCGAUACACUAACCGGAUUUCCAGUGAAGCCCAUAAAGAGAUCAUGAAGAAUGUGAGACCUGGACAGAAAGAGUAUGAAAUGGAGAGCCUGUUCCAGCACUAUUGCUACUCUCAUGGGGGAAUGCGUCACACCUCCUACACCUGUAUCUGUGGAACUGGAAACAAUGGCUCAGUUCUGCACUAUGGCCAUGCAGGAGCUCCUAAUGACAAGACCAUCCAUGACGGAGACAUGUGUCUGUUUGACAUGGGUGGAGAAUACUACUGCUACUCCUCUGACAUCACCUGCUCUUUCCCAGCCAAUGGAAAGUUCACUCCAGACCAGAAGGCCAUCUAUGAGGCUGUGCUCAAGUCAUCACGGGCUGUCAUGGCUGCCAUUAAACCAGAGGUCAAGUGGACAGAGAUGCACCGUCUGGCUGACCGGGUUCACCUAGAAGAGCUGGUGAAGAUUGGGAUCCUGCGUGGGAGUGUGGAGGACAUGCUGAAGGUCCACAUGGGCUCUGUCUUCAUGCCCCACGGCCUGGGACACCUGCUGGGCAUCGACGUGCACGACGUGGGCGGAUACCCAGAGGGUAUUGAGCGGGUCAACGAGCCCGGUCUGAAGAGCUUGAGGAUGGGCCGUCUGGUGCAGGAGCGCAUGGUCCUGACUGUGGAGCCUGGUAUCUACUUCAUCAACCACCUGCUGGACCAGGCCUUGGCCAACCCAGCCCAGAGCUGCUUCAUCAACAAUGAAGUGCUGGCCCGCUUCCGCGGCUUUGGAGGGGUGCGUAUUGAGGACGACAUUGCAGUGACUGCCAGUGGAAUGGAGCUGCUCACCUGUGUCCCUCGUACAGUGGAGGAGAUUGAGGCUUUCAUGGCCGACCGUGGAAAAUCCUUCUAAGUAACGUCACUCAAAUCCAAGAUGAUCUAACCAAAUGGUAUUUUCACUCCUAAAUCUGGAGAGAAUAUCUGUUUUCUGAUAUAAAGGAUGCAGUUUCUCUAAUGAUAUCUUACCUGUCUACAUAAUGCUAUAUCUAAUCAAUAAUGGAUGCUUUAAAUGCUGAACUUUUCAACAAAAGCAGGUUAAACUACCUAUACUAUUUUAAGCUCUUAGUGAUAAAGAUAAUUUUGAAAAUGAAGAGAAAUGCAGUGUAUUAAACUGCUGUGGCCAUCUUGCCAUGUAAAAACAGUGUUGACGGUUGACAAUAUUUCAGUGCCUGGUUAAUUGCUUUAUGACUGUGUGUAAUAAUAUACUUUAUUUUCUUGGACAUUUAUGCAAUUCUCAUAAAAUACAGUGCAAUUUAAGUAAAUAAACCCCUCAAUUUGCA